GAAAUAGUGUGGCCUCAAAAAUUAAUAAUUCUUAUGAGUAAUAAUAACAAAGUUGCAAAGUACUUCUAUGAGUCUCGUUAACGGAGCCGCUUCUUCAGCCCUUCUUCGCAACGCCGCUUGGUUUUAUCGAAUUCGAACCAUGAAUCGCCAAAUUCACGGAGCUGUAUCUUCUUCUAAACCCAUCUCCUUGAAAACCCAACUACAUCCUCUCUCUGAUUCUAACUCAGAACCCGCCAAUGUAGUCUCUGAGACUCGAGUGUAUUCCCGGAAAAAAAGGCUAAAGCAGGAACCUUUGGAUCCUCUGGAGAAAACUCCCGGCAAACAACUAUGUGGUUUACCCGAUAUAGAAGAUUUUGCUUACAAAAAGAAUAUCGGAUGUCCUUCAUCUAUUUUUGCAGGGAGGUCACCGGAAACUAGCAUCACUGUGACUUCAGUCAAAACAGUAGGAAGUCCGCCUGAAAACUGGGUCAAAGUGCUUGUGGGUAUUCGUCAAAUGAGAUCUUCUGAAGAUGCACCAGUUGAUUCUAUGGGAUGCGAUAAGGCUGGAAGCUUUUUACCUCCUACGGAAAGAAGAUUUGCUGUCUUGCUAGGAGCACUUCUUUCAAGUCAGACAAAAGAUCAAGUUAAUAAUGCGGCAAUACAUCGUCUUCAUCAAAACGGCCUCCUUACUCCCGAAGCCGUUGAUAAAGCUGAUGAAUCAACCAUAAGGGAAUUGAUCUAUCCGGUUGGAUUCUAUACAAGGAAGGCUACAUAUAUGAAGAAAAUAGCUAGAAUUUGUCUAGUGAAAUAUAAUGGAGACAUUCCAAGCUCUUUGGACGACCUACUGUCUCUUCCAGGGAUUGGUCCCAAGAUGGCUCAUCUGAUUCUGCAUAUAGCAUGGAAUGAUGUCCAAGGUAUAUGUGUAGAUACACAUGUGCACCGCAUUUGCAAUCGACUUGGUUGGGUGUCUCGACCAGGAACCAAACAGAAAACUACAUCUCCGGAGGAAACAAGAGUAGCUUUGCAACAAUGGCUUCCAAAGGAAGAAUGGGUCGCCAUUAAUCCGCUCUUGGUGGGUUUUGGACAAAUGAUUUGCACACCGCUAAGACCUCGUUGUGAAGCCUGCAGCGUCACAAAACUUUGUCCUGCUGCAUUCAAAGAGGCAUCAAGUCCUUCAUCCAAGUUGAAAAAAUCUAACCAAAGCAAAUAACAAUGAUCCAACGUGCAAGAUUUAAGUAUUUUGAAAACUCCCCAUUUUUGUGAUCAUUUCCUCCGUGGGAAGAUGGAUUGCUACAAAACCCACCCAAGCUUCUUUGUUUGUAGGAUGUUGAAGAUGACCUUUGUAUAUGUAAAUAGGAUUAGAACAAGUUGGUAAACACAAUUAGGAAGAUUGCAGAAACAAAUUAUUAUGGAUUUCUCAUAAUCCCAAGUAAUUAAUUAAUUUUCUGGUG